AUGUACUAUCCAAUUAGCCUCUUGACCAUUUUGCUAGGUGCUUCGGUGCAAAAUGCAAAGUCACGUUACAUUUCACUCUCUUUCAACAUAUCUCUAACAAUGGAUGAAGAUCACCAAAAACAGCAACAACAACAACGCACAUCAGCCUACGCCACCGUCUUGCGCUCGUGCAUGAAAGAGAUCGAAUUCACCAAGGCUGAGUUGCAACGCUUUCGUCUGAGUUUACUCUCACGCGACCCAGAAGUGUUGAAAAGCGCCAAAGAGCAAACUGCGCAGCAGCGUAGAGUGGCGGAAAUUGAAGAAGAUGAUUCAUUACACACAGAAGCAGCGAACCGUUAUGAAACUCGAUUUAAAGAGAAUACACCACAAAAUAAUGCUAUAGCGUAUGAAGAUGCGAAAGUGUUUGGAAGUGAUGAAGAAGCAUUGCAGUGUUUCGUCUAUUGCCUCUAUGAGCAAUUGGUUCUUACUUCGAAGAGUGUAUAUAUGGAGUAUGAACUUUUUGCCAAAUUGUAUGCGAUUUUGGGACGUGAGCGGCAUUUGGUGAAAGAGUGUUUGAAUUUCAAUAUGAACAAUAAAUGUGAAUCCUCAUACAAAAUGCGAUUGUGCAAUUCGCGACUGCAGAUGCUGGAAUCGGAGGAGCGUCUGCGUGAUGCAUUUGAGUAUGGAGGGCGCGCUGAUGAGUCAGUAGUGGAAGAGGAUAAUGAUGUAGAUAUGGGAGAGAACCAGAAAGAGAACACAACGCAGACACAAUAAUCCUAACCAAGAUGCGAUGCCUUUUAAUGUUACUAAA